UGAUUUUCACGUGAUUCUACGGCUCCUAGUUCAUCCCUCACACGUAUAAUCACUUGACACUUGACCAUUUUGUUACGCUCCAGCUUUCUCUCUUGUCAUAUACCGCCAUAAUGUCUCUGUCGUUCAAAGGUCACACCGUCGUAGUUACUGGUGCAGGUGGUGGGAUCGGGAAAGUGUACUCCUUGCUGUUUGCAUCGCGCGGUGCGAACGUCGUUGUAAAUGACUUCAAUGCAGAGGCUGCACAAAAAGUUGUGGAUGAAAUAAAGAAAGCGGGCGGUAGCGCUGUUACGAAUACGUCCUCUGUGACUGACGGCGCUGCGGUCAUACAAAGCGCCAUCAGUGCCUUCGGGGGUGUAUCUAUCCUUAUUAACAACGCUGGUAUUCUGAGGGAUAAAGGGUUGAAGAACAUGACGGAUGCUGAGUUUGACCAGGUCAUUGCCGUGCACCUCAAGGGAGCCUUCUCGUGUACGAAAGCUGCUUGGCCCCACUUCAGAAAUCAGAAGUUCGGGCGGAUCAUUAACACCGCUAGUGCAGCCGGUAUCUAUGGUAACUUCGGCCAGGCGAACUACAGUGCUGCCAAGAUGGGUCUAAUUGGAUUCACGAAGUCAUUGGCGCGGGAAGGUGCAAAGUACAAUAUCAGCGCCGUCGCAAUAGCGCCAAUUGCCGCAUCAGCGAUGACUGCGACGAUUAUGUCUCCUGAGAUGCUCGAGAAUCUGAAGCCUGAAUUCGUUGCGCCUUUCGUCGCUGCUGUGUGCCAUCCUGAUGGACCGAACCCCUCUGGGAGGGUAUUUGAACUCGGGGCUGGAUAUGUCGCAGAGAUUCGAUGGGAACGCAGCAAGGGCGCCGUCUGGAAGACGGAUGAUACGUUUACUCCUUCAGCUGUCAAGCUCAAGUGGUCAGAAGUGACAGAUUUCUCGGACCCGAGAUACCCAGAAUCUGUCAAAGAUAGUGAGAAACCUCUCGAACUUGCUGCUAAGUUGGCCCCAAAUGCCCAAUCGACACCGCCCGUUCGCUUCGACGGCAAGACUGUCAUUAUCACAGGUGCUGGUGCUGGUCUCGGACGUGCAUAUGCACUCAUGUAUGCGCGCCUUGGCGCGAAUGUGGUUGUCAACGACGUCAGUGAGAAAGGAGCCAAUGCUGUGUGCUCCGAAAUUAAGUCGGCUGGUGGCAAAGCAGUCCCUGCAGUAUGCUCAGCCGAGGAAGGCGAUGCUAUUGUGAAGACAGCACUGGACGCUUUUGGAGGCGUGCACAUCCUUGUAGCGAAUGCUGGUGUUUUGAGAGACCGCUCGUUCACCGCCAUGUCCGAGCAGGAGUGGGAUAUUGUCAUGGCAGUGCAUUUACGCGGUACUUACAAGUGCGCCAAAGCUGUUUGGCCUAUUUUCCAGAAGCAGAAAUACGGUCGUAUUGUUACAACUUGCUCGCAAGUUGGCAUUUAUGGUAACUUUGGCCAGACGAAUUAUUCGUCAGCCAAGGCUGGUAUCAUGGGCCUCACCAAGACGCUCUGCUUUGAAGGCCGCAAAUACAACAUUUUGAGCAAUGUCAUCGCUCCCUCAGCGGGCACUGCCAUGACGAUGACCAUUUGGCCUCAAGAAAUGGUUGAUGCAUACAAGGUCUGGCAUUUGCAUUUGUUAGAUAUUCGAUCUAACAUCCUAUCUUUCCUGCAGCCCGACUACGUUGCACCAAUUGUCGGCUACCUCACAAGUGAAGCGAACACCGAAACAACAGGACAGCUGUUUGAAAUUUCUGGUGGAUGGGCAGCGCAGACUCGGUGGCAACGCGCUGGCGGGUACGGGUUCCCUACGAACAAAGUGCUCACGCCGGAGGACAUCAUCUCCAAAUGGGACGUUUUCACCAACUUUAAUGAUGGUCGUGCUACGCACCCUGCUACCUCAACAGAGGGUAUGGCACAAAUCAUGGAGAACUUUGAGAAUAAAGCGUCGGUUGCGGAGACCGCUGUGGAGACUGUGAAGGAUGCUGUGAGGGACGCUGGAAAGGCAUUGAAAGCUAAGUUGUAGGAUCAUUCACAUAUUUCCAGCUCUGUAUCUAUCUAUCCUCCUGUAUUACCUAAUCCAGUGUCCGUGAUCUACUUACAUCUGCAGAGGGGUGUCAUUCAGCCGCUGAAAAAUCGAGACCCAGAUGACAGUUCA